GCUGGGAAUAAAACCUGGACCGUGUGGGGGGUGAGUGACAUUUUGGAGCGAGAUGGCGAGAGGGAUGGUGGCCACAUACCUGCAUGGAGUGCUUCUCCUGACUCUGUGGAAACCAUCGCAGCAAGGAGGUGUAUACGUACCAGCCUCUGGAGGAGUUGGAGCCGGCACAGGAGCUGGGACCGGACCUGGAUUUGGACCAGGCGGCACUGGAACUGGAACAGGCUUUGGUCCUGGAGGAGGUGGUGCAGGUUUUCAGCCUGGUGCCGGAGGUGGACUUGGUGCUGGUCUAGGUGGAGGAGGAUAUGGACAAGGACCCGGGGGAUUAGGACCUGGAGGCAUAGGGCCGGGAGGUGUUAUACCUGGUGGAGUUGGACCUGGAGGAGUUGGGGGAGUUGGACCAGGGAGUAUAGGACCAGGAGGUUUUGGCCCAGGAGGAGUCGGUCCUGGAGGAGUUGGACCAGGAGGAAUAGGACCAGGUGGAGUCGCCCCAGGGGGAGUUGGCCCAGGAGGAAUAGGACCUGGGGGCUUCAGGCCUGGCACUUUUGGUCCAAGCAGUGGUGGACUGGGAGUAGUACCUGGUGCUGGUGGGAAACCUCCUAAAACAGGGGCUGGCUUUGGUGGGCUUGGUACAGGACAGGGAACUGCAGGUGUAGGAGGAGGACUGAGACCAGGAGUAGUAGGGACUGGUUUUGGACCAGGUGGUGUUGGUCCUGGAGGCUUUGGAUCUGGGCCUGGUGGAGUUGGUCCAACUGGAUUUGGGCAAGGGGGUGCUGGUCCAGGUGGCCUUGGAACAGGUGGUUAUGGGGGAUAUGGUGGUGGUUAUGGACCCAAACCGCCUAAAACAGGUGGUGUUGGAACAUCUCUUGGAGGAACAGCUUAUGGACCGGGUGGAACUGGGUUUAGACCUGGUAGUGGUGGGGUUCUGCCUGGGGGUGCAGGGGUUGGACCUGGUGGAACUGGGCAAGUUCCUGGGGGAACAGGAUUUGGUCCUGGUGGUACAGGGAUUGGAUCAGGCGGAACUGGGAUAGUACCUGGGGGAACAAGAUUUGGUCCUGGUGGUACAGGGAUUGGAUCAGGCGGAACUGGGAUAGUACCUGGGGGAACAGGAUUUGGUCCUGGUGGUACAGGGAUUGGAUCAGGCGGAACUGGGAUAGUACCUGGGGGAACAGGAUUUGGUCCUGGUGGUACAGGGAUUGGAUCAGGCGGAACUGGGAUAGUACCUGGGGGAACAGGAUUUGGUCCUGGUGGUACAGGGAUUGGAUCAGGCGGAACUGGGAUAGUACCUGGGGGAACAGGAUUUGGUCCUGGUGGUACAGGGAUUGGAUCAGGCGGAACUGGGAUAGUACCUGGGGGAACAGGAUUUGGUCCUGGUGGUACAGGGAUUGGAUCAGGCGGAACUGGGAUAGUACCUGGGGGAACAGGAUUUGGUCCUGGUGGUACAGGGAUUGGAUCAGGCGGAACUGGGAUAGUACCUGGGGGAACAGGAUUUGGUCCUGGUGGUACAGGGAUUGGAUCAGGCGGAACUGGGAUAGUACCUGGGGGAACAGGAUUUGGUCCUGGUGGUACAGGGAUUGGAUCAGGCGGAACUGGGAUAGUACCUGGGGGAACAGGAUUUGGUCCUGGUGGUACAGGGAUUGGAUCAGGCGGAACUGGGAUAGUACCUGGGGGAACAGGAUUUGGUCCUGGUGGUACAGGGAUGGGAUCAGGCGGAACUGGGAUAGUACCUGGGGGAACAGGAUUUGGUCCUGGUGGUACAGGGAUCAGACCAGGCGGAACUGGGAUAGUACCUGGGGGAACAGGAUUUGGUCCUGGUGGUACAGGGAUUGGAUCAGGUGGAACUGGGAUAGUACCUGGGGGAACAGGAUUUGGUCCUGGUGGUACAGGGAUUGGACCAGGCGGAACUGGGAUAGUACCUGGGGGAACAGGAUUUGGUCCUGGUGGUACAGGGAUUGGAUCAGGCGGAACUGGGAUAGUACCUGGGGGAACAGGAUUUGGUCCUGGUGGUACAGGGAUUGGACCAGGCGGAACUGGGAUAGUACCUGGGGGAACAGGAUUUGGUCCUGGUGGUACAGGGAUUGGACCUGGUGGAACUGGGCUUGGACCUGGAGUGACAGGAAUCGGUCCCAGUGGAGCUUUUCCAGGCGUAGGCGCUCCAAUAUUGCCUCAGACUGGUGUAGGACCUGGAGGAAAGAGUGGUAGUAAAGCAUCCAAACAGGUCCCAGGCAUCGGAGUACCUGGACUUUUUCAGGGUGGAUUUGUACCAGGUCAAGGUUUUGGAGGCCGUGGGGUUCUCCCUGGAGUAGCCACAGGAUCUGGAAUUGGGCCUCAAACUGGGACCGGAGUACUUGGUCAAGACGGGGCCGGACAAGGAGGAAAUGGUCGUGGACAACAGAUAUCUGGAGUUUUUCAUGGUUACCCUCUAAUAUCACCAAAAUCAGGGACAGGAAAAUCAAAGAAACCAGGAAAAGCUGCAGCCAAAUAUGGCGGUGCUGGAGCUGGAGGAGGUCAUCUUGGUCAGGGAGGCACCUUAGGCACUGGAAGACUUCCUGGAGGUGGAGUAGGAGUCAUCCCUGGAGCGGGAAGUGGAACUGGAACAGGAGUCGGACCUGGAUUUGGAGGUGGCAUUGGUACGGGUGGUGGACCUGGAGUGGGAACAGGAGUUGGACCUGGAUUUACAGGAGGAAUUGGAACAGGGGCUGGCACUGGACUUGGAGGCGGAGUUGGACCUGGAUUCGGAGGAGGCAGCAGCAUAUCCGGUUUAGGUUAUGGUCCUGGCUCAGCCAAAGCACGCAAAUAUGGUGGUGUAGUUCCUGGCACAACGGGAGUUGGUUCCAGCACAGGAGGGGGGAGUCUGGGAGGCCAAGGAACAGGGUUGCGACCUGGAUCAGGGCUCGGUUUUGGCCCAGGUGGUGCUGGUACUGGCUAUGGACCAGGUGGAGUUGGACCAGGUGGUGUUGGACCAGGUGGUGUCGGUACUGGAUAUGGACCAGGUGGAGUUGGACCAGGUGGUGCUGGGACUGGAUAUGGACCAGCUGGAGUUGGACCAGGUGGUGUUGGCACUGGAUAUGGACCAGGUGGAGUUGGAUCAGGUGGAGUUGGACCAGGUGGUGUCGGUACUGGAUAUGGACCAGGUGGAGUUGGACCAGGUGGUGCUGGGACUGGAUAUGGACCAGCUGGAGUUGGACCGGGUGGUGUUGGCACUGGAUAUGGACCAGGUGGAGUUGGAUCAGGUGGAGUUGGACCAGGUGGUGUUGGACCAGGUGGAGUUAGACCUGGUGGUUUUGGUCCGGCUGGAGUAGGACCGGCUGGUGUCGGCACUGGAUAUGGACCAGGUGGAUUCGGCACUGGAACAGGAAGAACAGGAACUGGACCUGGGGGAUAUGAUGCCAGUGCCAAAGCUCGUAAAUAUGGCAUGCUAAGUGGAGCAAUCGGAGGACCAGGAUUGGGACCAGGUGGAGUUGGCACUGGAUAUGGACCUGGUGGUGUUGGACCUGGUGGGCUUGGUCCUGCCGGUAUUGGACCAGGUGGCGUUGGUCCAGGUGGUGCUGGUACUGGCUAUGGACCAGGAGGAGUUGGACCUGGAGGAGUUGGACCAGGUAGUGUUGGACCCGGUGGAGUUGGCACUGGGUAUAGACCAGGUGGAGCUGGUCCUGGAGGUGUUGGACCCAGUGGAGUUGGCACUGGAUAUGGACCAGGGGGUGUUGGACCGGGUGGAGUUGGCACUGGAUAUGGACCAGCUGGGGUUGGACCAGGUGGAGUUGGGCCAGGAUAUGGACCACGUGGAGUUGGUCCUGGUGGUGUUGGACCAGGUGGAGUUGGCACUGGAUAUGGACCAGCUGGUGUUGGACCAGGUGGAGCUGGACCAGGUGGAGUUGGACCAGGAUAUGGACCAGGAGGAUAUGCAGGAGCCAAAGCACGUAAAUAUGGAGUCCCUGGAGGGGUGGGAGGUACCCUGGGUGUAGGAGGAGGACUUGGAGUUGGAACUGGGCCUGGGUCUGGACUUGGAGUAGGUGAAGGGAUUCCUGGACGAGGUGGAUUGACAACUGGUGGUGGGCCUGGAUCAGGACUUGGGAUAGCAGGGACACUUGGUUCUGGUAUUGGAACAGGAGGUGGGCCAGCUGGCUUUGGACCAGGCAGUGCAGGAGGAUAUCCUGGUGGUGCAAAGUCUCUCAAAUAUGGGCUUCCAGGUGGAGGUGGACCUCCUGGGUCUGGAUUCGGAGGUCCAGGGACUGGAGGAGCUCUUGGUAUUGGCAGAGGACCUGGAGGUGGCUCAGUAGCUGGGACUGGUUAUGUACCAGGAGGAGGUUAUGGUGUAAGCCCAGGAGCUGGAUAUGGAACAGGUUAUGGACCUGGAUCAAAACCCUCUAAAUACGGUCAAGUUGGAACAGGAGGGGGCGGAGUACUUAGAGGGGGAGCAGGACGAGGUGGUGGCUAUGGACCGGGUAGCUUUGGUCCUGGAUCUGGAGGUCUAGUAUAUGGAACAGCUGGAAAUAAAGCAGCAAAAUAUGGCCAGCCAGGUGCUGCUGGACCUGGGACAGGAGCAGAAACCGGUUUUACAGUAAAUGGGACCAUAAGUGUCAGCGGAGCAAGUACAACACCUCGGCCUGGUGGAGGAGUACCAGGGGCUCCAGGUGGCACACCAACACCAGUACCAGAAGGUGACGGUGGUGCCGGCACUGUGCUAGAAGGCUCAGGAAUUCCUGGAGGAGAUGGAGGGACUGGUGUAGGUGGCAGACCAGUGGGAGCAGAUGGAGAUGGUUUAAAUGUAACAGGUAUCCCCAUUAUUGGAGCAAAACCAGGAUUUAACGGGACCACAAUUCCAGAUUCUACUGGAGCUCCUCCUGUUGGUGGUGCAGCUGUAGAAACAGCUGGAGGAACAGGAGUUGGCGGAACAAGACUUCCCCCUAGAGGUUCUGGUGGAGGUCUCUCAGGUGGAGUACUCCCACAAGCCAGACCUCUCAAACCUCCAGGUGUCCCCAGAGGUGACACACCAGGUGAGGGAGAUGGGGAAGGAGGUCCCGAUGGGGAGAGAGAUUGGAGAGGAAGCAGUGAUGGAAGGCCAGGAGGAGUCGGAGGGAGUCCGACCAGGGCUGGGGGAGCAGGAAAUGUUUCAGGCAGAGAGACGGGAGUGGGAAGAGGGGACACUCCAGCCACUGGAACUGGAAUCGAACCAGAAAGAUCAGCUGGUGCAGUCGGAGGAACAGCUAAACCACCUAAAGAAUAUGGACAAGAAGGGACUCUAACAGGCGGUGCAGGUGUGAGACCUGGUGGAGUUGGUGGGGUGGCAGGAGGAGUUGGAGGUGAGACCGGGUUGGUUGGACGCGGGUCUGGAGGCACAGGGGUGGUACCUGGAGCGGGUGGUUCUGGUGGAAUAGGAACAGCAGUUGCAAAGCCUGGAAAAAGAUACAGUCCAGGUGGAGUUCUACCAGGUGGAGGUCUACUCUACCCCAGUACUGGCAACUAUGGUACUGGAGGUUAUGGUGUAGGGCCAGGUGGCUAUGGUACUGGUCCUGGUGGAUUUGGAACCGGACCUGGAGGCUAUGGAAGACCCAGUGGUGGUCCUGGAAGUGUUGGGACUCCUGGGGUUGGAAUGGGUCCCGGAGGUGUAGCACCAGGUUCAGGUGGAGUCAGCGUUGGACUGGGUGGAUAUGGUGGAGGUGUAAGACCUGAUGGUUCUACAUAUGGCACCGGUACUGGAACUGGCAAACUCUCAAAAAGUUAUGGAGCAGGAGCUGGACCCGGCAGCUAUGGAACUGGAUCAGGUGGAGUUGGUCCAGGUGGCCUGGUCCCUGGUGGUGGUUAUGGGCCCAGCAGUACUGGUCAAGCUGGACUCGGACCUGGCUCUGUUGGCACAGGACUGGGAGGUGUUGGUACUAGACCAGGUACUUUUGGACCAGGUGGUGUUGGGACUGGUCCAGGCAGCUUUGGACCUGGUGGAGCAGGGUCUAUUCCUGGUGUUUUUACUGCUGGAGGUCAAGGACUGGGAACAAGAAAACCAUCAAAACCAGGCUAUGGAUCAUCGCUGGGUGGAGUUGGAUAUGGACAAGGUGCAGGAGUAGGAGGUGGUGGAGCAGGUACUGGACCUAGCAGAUAUGGACCCGGUUUUGGGUCUGCAGGAGUCACACCAGGUGGUGCUGGCACUGGAACUGAAGGGUUUGGACCAGGAGGUGCUGGUACAGGAACUGGAGGCUUCAGACCAGGAGGUGCUGGGACUGGAACUGGAGGCUUCAUACCAGGAGGUGAUGGCACAGGAACUGGAGGAUUCGGACCAGGAGGUGCUGGUACAGGAACUGGAGGCUUCAGACCAGGAGGUGCUGGCACAGGAACUGGAGGAUUCGGACCAGGAGGUGCUGGUACAGGAACUGGAGGCUUCAGACCAGGAGGUGCUGGGACUGGAACUGGAGGCUUCAUACCAGGAGGUGCUGGGACUGGAACUGGAGGCUUCAUACCAGGAGGUGCUGGGACUGGAACUGGAGGCUUCAGACCAGGAGGUGCUGGGACUGGAACUGGAGGCUUCAUACCAGGGGGUGCUGGGACUGGAACUGGAGGCUUCAGACCAGGAGGUGCUGGCACAGGAACUGGAGGAUUUGGACCAGGAGGUGCUGGUACAGUAACUGGAGGCUUCAGACCAGGGAGCCAGAGUUUAGGGAAAAGGAAGCCUUCCAAAUCUGGAGCUGGCACAGGAUCUGGAGGCUUCAUACCAGGAGGUGCUGGGACUGGAACUGGAGGCUUCAUACCAGGAGGUGCUGGGACUGGAACUGGAGGCUUCAGACCAGGAGGUGCUGGGACUGGAACUGGAGGCUUCAUACCAGGAGGUGCUGGGACUGGAACUGGAGGCUUCAUACCAGGAGGUGCCGGGACUGGAACUGGAGGCUUCAUACCAGGAGGUGCUGGGACUGGAACUGGAGGAUUUGGACCAGGUGGAGCUGGCACAGGAACUGGAGGAUUUGGACCAGGUGGAGCUGGCACAGGAACUGGAGGCUUCGGACCAGGUGGUCAAGGAUUAGGAAAAAGAAAACCUUCUAAAUCUGGUUAUGGAGGAGCUGGUUAUGGAACAGGAGGUUCUGGAGGAGCUGGCCUUGGUGGAACUGGAGCUAGACCUGGUAGUUUUGGUUCUGGAGGAUACAGCCCAGGUGGGACUGGGACAGGCCCUGCUGUUUAUGGCACUGGGGGUGCUGGAUCUACUGGUUUUGGUCCAGGAGGGACUGGAACUGGCAGCUUUGGUCCAGGAGGAACCGGAGCCGGGGGCUUUGGUCCAGGAGGGGCUGGAGCUGGUGGAUUUGGUCCUGGAGGAACUGGAGCUGGUGGAUUUGGUCCUGGAGGAACUGGAACUGGUGGAUUUGGGCCAGGUGGUGCUGGAAGUGUGACAGGAGGUUUUGGACCUGGUGGCCAAACACUUGGAUCAAGAAAGCCCCCUAAGUCUAGUUAUGGUUCAUCUCUGGGUGGAACUGGCUAUGGACAAGGAAUUGGAAGCCGUCCAGGUGCAGGAACUGGAGGAUUUGUAGGUGGAGGAGGUAGUGCAGCUGGAGGAACAGGAGGCCUUGGAGGGACAAGUCAAACUGUUGGAGGAGCAGGUGGUCUACCAGGAGGGGGAGCUGGCCCUGGAUAUGGCGGAGUGGCAGGAGGUUAUGCAGGAUAUGCAGGGAGUGGACAAAAAUCCCAAGCACAGAUUGCAGCCAAAUAUGCAGCCAUGCAGGCCUUACUUGGAACUGGAGGCUACAGAGGUGGAGGCUGUCAGGGUAACUACUGUGGUCGAAGGAGGAAGUGAGAAACCGAGAGAAAGGAAGUGACCUCAUUGAAACAACAGUGGUGCUAUAGUAUGAUUGCAGCUUGUGAAUACCUUAUCUGACUUAGAAACUAAUGUCAUAACAUGUUCCAAAAGCUACAUUUUUAUUGAUUUUCAAUGUUAGAACUGGUUUAAUCUGAAAGCAUCCCACUUGCUUAAAAUCUGCCUUCUGUUGUAAACAAGUGCAGUGAAGGCAAUGAAGUAAUUUUAUUCCUUAGUUCUUAAUUAAAGUCUGUCCUCAAAUCUAAGCAUUUUCUCUGUGGAGCAUUUUCUCUGUGGAACCAUACUAUCAGGCUGAGAACCCAAAAUAACGAGUCAAAUUGUAUUCUAUCAAUAAGGCCAAGCUGUUUAUUAUACUGUUUUGUUCAUAAAUGCUGUGUUAGACAUUAACUGUACGAGAAUCAUAGGUAAUCUUCUUGGCUGCGACUGAUUCCAAGGACUUCCUCAGGGCAGCUCCUUCAGACCUGUCUGCAUGCUGACAAACUGUUAAAAGAUGCUUUUCAAUAAAAUUGCCUUAAUACAUUUACACUGAAUUGCGCAUGCACAUCUUGUUUUUUGUUUUUAGCUUUUUCAUCUGUUUUUCAAACUUUCAGCAGAAAAAAAUACAGCAGCUGUAAUUUUUGGGGAAGGAUGAACAACAGAUUUAAUGGCUGUGCAGUUCUUCGUAUAUUCUUUGAAAAGUUUUUGUUUAUGUGACUGUACUCAGACGUCAGGAUCUGGGGUUUUUAACACUUCUUAUGUAGGCGAAGUAACAAAGACUUUUUACUGUAAAAUUCUGGUUAAUGUAUUUUAUCUGUGCUGUGGUGGUUGUUGUUUUGAGCGUACAGUGCGUCUUUCUUUCAGAUUUUAUAUGUGAAAUUGUUAAAAUAUAACCAACAUGAAAUAUUAAGAAAAAUGACAAAGUUUUGAUUACUGUUAUUUUUGUCUUGUACCUUUAUAAACACUGUUGAAAAAAAAACAUUGCUCACAUCUACUAGAAUUUUUAAAUUAAGCUAUAAAAAUGUAUUCAGUCUCAUUUGUUUUUUAAAUAUAACACCUAAUUUUAUUUACCUAUAUGUGAGUGGGUGUUAUAAACAGCUGCAAACCUGUCUGACACCGUAAGAAACAUUUGUUUUCUACGUUAUUCUUAGAUGUGAUAAGAAUCAUGGUGAUGUUAGAGGAUAAGAAAACAUAUAACUGAUAAUGAACUUUAAUGUUAAUGACUUUGCAUUUUUCAUUCUAUCCUUCAGCUUAACAUGUGUUUCAACAUAUUUGUUGUUUUUAUUGCCUAUGAGGAAAAUUAUGCGAUUUUGUAAAAAACAAUUCUGAAAUAAAGAGAACAAUGAAACUUG